AUGGUGGAUCGCUUAACAGAUGAUGAGCUCAACAGGCUGUCAAUGACUGCUGUUGAAGCAGCUCAAAAUCAAGGCUACAGGUUGUGGCACGAGAUCACAAACCUGAAUUCGCUAAUUUUCGAAAUGUAUCCGGAGGUACUGCAGCACGAGUAUCACACUGGGAACCGCUAUACGACUGCUCACGCAUCGUACACCACACUGGAGACUCGUAUAGCCACCCGCAAAGACGCAAUCCAGGAGGAAAUUGAUGCUAGAGACGCAGAACAAGCACAAAACACUCUGGCUAUGCACAGCACCGCUUACAUGAGUGGGUCAUCUGGCACGGGGCUCCCAAAGAUCAAGCUCCACACGUUCUCUGGUGACUUUAAACGUUGGGGAUCCUUUAGUCAGCUAUUUCCUGAUAUCGUUAUUGACAAUGCACUUCUUAAAAACAGUCAGAAGAUGCAUUAUUUGAAGACCUUCACCGAAAAGGAAGCCCAUCAGCUUAUUGGUAACAUGCCAUCAACUGAUGACUCAUUUGAGCCCGCUUGGAAUCUACUGAAGAGCCGCUAUUCGAAUCCUCGUCGCGUAGUGGCAUCGCACCUUGAAGAUCUGUUGGUAGGAGAGUCAGUUCCCGCACGAUCUGCCGCAAAAUUGGACGCCUUGCUUUUAUCCAAUCAAAAAGCUUUGGAUUCAAUCAAGGCUCAAGGAGUUCCGGUUAACAACUGGGACUUGAUGAUCAUUCACCUGACGCUACGCCGCUUGCCACCCGCUGUAAGAGAAGAUUGGGAGACUAGUCUUGGUUUAACUGAUAUCAUGCCAACCUAUACGCAACUCCAUGAGUUUCUCAAGUCUAAAGUCAGAGCUUGGGAGAACUUGGAGCCAGCUUCUGAGCCCAAGAAGCAACCUGAAAAUCAUAAAUCAGGAGGGUCACGCAGUGACAAACAACCAAGGACAAAAUCUUCAUACACCGCUGCUCAUCAAUGUGAUCUAAAACAUUCAAAUGUUCAAUUAAGUUCAUGGAAUCAUGUGUUCGACUCUGUGCUGUGA